AUGGUCCUAGUAAGAGGCAUAUGGUUCUCGUUGGACAUAUGGUCUCUAAUGGCGCCAUUCGACCACACUCUCCAGCUAUUCUCUCAAUAUAGUGAUUCGACGCCGACGUUCCCCGUCAGAAACCAUCCACAGCAGGUGACGGUACCACAACGAUACGAAUAUCGUUCCACAAUCGACAAACUCCAACCUGCCAAUACGCACUCGUUGGAAAAUGUUUCUUUUAUAAAUAGUGUGAAACAGUUCUAUAAUUUAGACGAAUUUAAUACUGGUAAAAAAGUUCUUCUGAAUGAUCUGAGAAACUCUAAAACGGAUAAUUCUUGUUUUAAACUUACACAGAGAGCUAACAACAAAUAUGACAAGUUGUUAGACAUUAUUGAUAUUGUUAAAUUUUGCACGGACAAGAAAGUGGAUUUACCAACUUAUGUCGCUGCAGAUUUUUCGAAAAUCCCGGAACCAAGAUUAGAACAUUUUCUGAAUUUAUUUGAAUUAAAAUUUAAAUCAUUGGAAACUAAUUUAAAUAAACGUAUAACGGAGAUUGCACAAAUGGCAAAUAACCUAAAGUUGAACAAUUCUACUGUGCACUCUCAGCAUGUCGUUCCAAUAACGUUAAAUGCGCGCGACAUGAAAAAUAAUACUUCAAAUGUUUGGUCUGAUAAAGUUAUUUCUUUGAAUCUAGUUAUAUUAUUUAAAUUAAUAGAAUUAUUACAUUAG